AUGGAACAUGCCAAGGGAUGUAGUAAUCUGGCCCAUGGUAACAACUGCUUACCUGAGCAACAAACUGCUUCUAUUCCUGUUGACCCCACAACCAAAAACCCACCUACUCCUGUAUUGAAUAUUUCCCUCGCUGAACUAAGGGAAAUAACAAGGAACUUCAGUGAUGAUACUCUAAUAGGAGAGGGCUCACAUGCUAAAGUUUUUCUUGGAGAGAUGAAAGAUGGCCGAAAAUCUGCAGUGAAGAAACUCGGCCAGAAUUCUGUGCCUGAUGACGAGUUCGUACAUCAGGUUCAGGCAGUUUCAAGAGUGAAGCAUGAUAACGUUGUCCAACUUCUCGGCUACUGUGUUGAUGGGAACGUCCGUGCAGUAAUUUAUGAGUAUUCAUCAAGGGGCUCCUUGCAUGAUAUUCUUCUAGGGGAAAAUGGUGUCACAGGAACCCGACCUGGGCGAGUUCUGUCGUGGACCCAACGAGUCAAGAUUGCCUUAAGUGCUGCGCAGGAGAUUGAGUUCCUCCAUCAUAAGAUAGAGCCUUGCAUCAUUCACAGUGAUAUCAAGUCGAGCAACAUUUUCCUGUUCAAUAAUGAUGUUGCAAAGAUUGCAGACCUCCGUAUCUCCAAAAAUCGCCCCGGUUACUUGGAUGAUCUUAUUUUGGAUUGUGUUCAUCCUUCCCAUAAUGUUUAUGAUGCACCCGAGUAUGGAACUUAAUAUCCCAGUGCUUUCAUAAUCUUCCACUAGGCUUGGGAGUUGGGAUCAGAGAUGGCAUAUACUCUCAUGCUUACUGCAUCCUUCUUGAUUCUAUUAGGUGUAAAGCAACAGGAGAGUUUACCAGGGAGAAUGAUGUAUAUAGCUUUGGGAUUGUGCUGUUGGAGCUUUUAACCUGUCGCAUAUCAGGACAUCCCUAGAAUAGGCUCAUGAUUGG